AUGAGGUAAAAAUGGAUGUAAAGAUUUUUUUCGAACUCUCAUCAUCGAAGUUUAAUCAGUAAAAUGGCGACAAAAGAUCGUACAUAAAGUUUUUUGGCGUCGUUGUAAAGGCCAUCUUUCGAUCUUUAAACCCAUCGUAGAUUCACUCAUAAAAAAAAAAAAUUCCAAUGCUUUUACAUAUUACGAUUAUUUAUAGGAAAAUUCUACGGGCGAUGUAAAAAUGUAUUUCAGAAUAGAAUAAAAUUUGUAUUCGUGGAAACAGAGGUUUCGGUCUUUGAAAGAAAGAAGAACUAAAGUUCAUUCGAAAUUUCUUCUCGUAAAAUUCCAGCAGUUCAAACAUCCAGUGCUUGAAUACCAACUGACUGUGAUCAAAAAACAAAUUAUCUUCAAGGAGCUCGCAAUCUCGGGUAGCCGUAUUAGGAAACAAAUCACCGUGCGCGCCAUACAAUCUACAGAAGAAGAAGAAGAAGAAGAAGAAGAAGAAAAACAGAGAAAAAGCUUAAAGAAACGAACGACAACUAUCGGGAGAACACCUCCUGCAACACCUAAUAACUUUCUUAUCUACAUGGUGACUGGAAACAAGCGAACGAUCGAAAGGUUGGCCAGCUUCCUCCCUGAGGAUCGCGCGAAAGACGGAUUCACGGAGGGGUUGGCGAGGGGAGGGGAGGGGAAGAUCCAGGCGUGGACGGUGGUUGCGAGCGCGAGAAGAGGACGAGAUCCGAGAGCCGCUUAA